GUAGCUCGCCUAUGUCUGUGUUAACUGUGUGCAUGCAGCCGAAUAAGUUCGUGCCAGUUACUUACUGGCGCAAAGGUGGUACCCGUUAAAGUAGUGCUAUCUUUGACGUGUAUAAAUUUUGAUUGUUGUUUGUUUAUAAAGCUUGGUGCGAAGUGUGGACUGUGCGUGUAAGGGAAACGCAAGGAAGGUUAAGUUUGGAUUAAGAUACAGGCUUUCGGUGCCAGUGGCUCCUCCCCCUGGCAGAAGGAUUGAAGGGGAAGGAAGAGCGGUGAAGGAAAAGGACUGGAGAGGUUAAGGAAAAGAGAUAAGAGUUCAGAAAAGUCACCCAGAACCCCUGGUCAGGGGAGACUUACCGGGCAGGAUGACGACGAGAUGGCGUUCUGGCUUGGUGGUGGCGGUGUGAAACGUAAGAUGAAGGAUGUAAUCGAUGUAAUGCAGAUGCAGAGGGAUAAGAUGAAGCCACUACCUGUGGUAGACUAUAGGCAGUCAGAGGGCACUUUCAUUACUGUUAGAUUUAUUUUUGAAUGUGGUGUGAAGCUGGAAGCACAGCCAUUGACCAUAGCAACUGCAGCUGUUUUAUUCCACAGAUUUUUCAAAGAGACUGACAGUAGUGGAUAUGAUUGUUAUUUAAUUGCUGCAACAACAUUAUACCUUGCUGGAAAAGUGAAAGAUGAUCCCCUGAAGAUACGAGAUGUUAUUAAUGUGACACAUAAUACUCUGCAUAGAGGUUCAGCACCUUUGGAGCUUGGAGAUGAGUACUGGAACAUGCGUGAUGCCAUAGUUCAAGCAGAAUUGUUGAUCAUGAGAAUGCUGAAGUUCGAGGUCACUGUGACACACCCUCACAAGUAUAUGCUUCAUUACUUGAAAACACUGGAAGGAUGGUUUGACAAAGAGGAGUGGAAAAAGGUUCCUCUGGUGAAGGCAUCGGCGGCCUUUUUGCAGGAUUUCCAUUAUGACCCAGCAGUACUGGACUAUGAACCUCAGCAUAUAGCUGUUGCAUGCAUAAAUCUGGCACUUCAGUGCUAUGGUGUCCAGGUACCAUUGACAGAUGAAGGAGAGGAAACUCCUUGGUAUUCUGCAUUUGUUGAAGACCUGUCAAAGGAAAAGUUGUGGGAAAUAAUGGAGAAGCUGAUGGAAGUUUAUGAAGCAGAUUCCAAUGUGCAGUGCUAAAUUAAUUAAUUUUUGGGACCUGUUACCACAGUGUGAUAAUGUUGAACUCUUUCUCAAGAGAAAACAAUUUUGUUUUUAGUUUCAGAUGUAAAUGAACUACAAAACAACUUAUCUUGCAUAAGUUGUUCCUGUGCACUGUUCGAUUUUGUCUGCUUAUUGCAUAGUUACUCUCGAAGAAAGAUAAACAUGUUUUAUGUGAAAUUUCAGGGUCUAUGAAAGAAGUGCUCUUUUUUGCACAUUUAAGAUGCCAAGUUUGUGAUGUACACCAUGAACUAUAUAAGAAAUCUGCAUUUCUAGUUUUAACCAAGUGUACAAAUAAAAUUUUUAUACAUUUGUGACGGUUUGAAAUAUUAAUGCAUAUUGUUUAUACUGGACUGUUUUGUUUGUGGUGUAAAUAACUAAAAGUGACACUAUAGACUAAAAACAAAUUUUUGUGAGAAUAUGUCUUAAUUUCUCUAUUGAACGUCAGUGGCCGUAAUUGUUGAGACAACUUCAGGCUUUCAUUGUCUCUGGUUCCCCAUGAAGCAUGUAUCAUAUUUACCUGAGCAUAAGAUGACCUUGAUUAUAAAGUGAAAGUCUUUUUUUCGAAAAACAUUCUUGGGGAAAAUCUUCUUAACAUGUUCUUGCUAAUCAAAAUUAUAAACUGUUUUAUUGACAUAAA